GUGACUGUAGCUAAUAAAUUGACUCUUGAGCACUUACAUAACAUGCAUUAGAGAUAGAAGACCUAGAAGUGGGAGACUUGUGUCCUGAAUGAGCAGGCAAAGGCAAGAGUGAGUAAAAUUACAUAUUGUUAUGAAGGUCAUUACAUUUCUACUCAAAGAAUGAUGAAGUCUGGAGUAAAAUAAAGUAUAGGAAGUCCUUUUGGAAGGAGUUUUCUAUUUAGGUCACUACUAAGGCAAAUGGCAUCGAGGGAGGACAUGAGGAUGUGGGGCUCUGGACUGGAUGACAAGCGGACAUGAAGUCAGCUGUUGGCUUUGAGGAACAGCAUCAUUAAACAACACAGUGGCCAGUGGCUAGAUCACAGUGGUUUUCCAUACUAACACCUUUAACAUGGCCACUAUUUUCCCACAAAGAUUAAUUCUGCCACCAUUUCUAGAAUGCAGAAAUUACUGCAGCCUAAAAAAAUAGUGCCCCCUAUUUUCCUUUUAUUUUUACAUAGUAAUUAUUCACUCAACAAAUGUUUACUGUGUGGCUACCAUAUGCAAGAAGAUGGGCAUGAACUAGCCCCCAUGACCACUUUGACCUCACUACAAUCCUCACUCACUCCGUUUCAACUGUGUCACCUCCUUGCUGUUUCUCAACUGUUCCCUGCAUGUUACUGCCUUGGGGCCUUUGCAAGAACAUGCUUUCCCUAGAUUUCCAUUUGACUGCUUCCCUCACUUCCAUCAAGAUUUUCCUGGAAGUCACCUUCUCAGUGAGGAUUUUGCUGGCCACUCAACCUAAGAUUGAAACCCCCUUUCUCCUCUCCCUACUGUUCUUCCUUUGCUUUUCCUUGACACUCAUCACUACCUGACAUAUCACUCAUUUUAUGUAUUUACCUUUUUUAUUGUCUACUUCCUCCACUAGAAGUAACCUCCAAGAGGAUAAGGAUUUCUGUUCCCUGCUAUAUCCUCACUGUCUAGAACAGAGCCUGGCAUUUUAUGAGAGUUUAAUUGGGAGCUUUUGAAUUUAGAUGAAUGAGGGCAUGAAGUGAGAUAGGAAUUAACAAAUUGAGCAUUCCAAGUACUGGACAAGGUACUUUAUACAAGUUAUCUCCUAUGUGGGGAAUAUUGUCCCCAAGAUACAGGGUGACAAAAUUGAGGCCUUGUGAGGAUAAAUAACUUGCCCAGGAUCACGUAGUUGGUAAUCAGUAGAGCUAAUUCUCACAAUUAGGUUUUUCUGGCUCCUUUUAUGCCACAAUGCUUCCUUGCCAAAAGCAAUGUCACAAUGACUUAAAGAGGGACUUCCAGAGCGGGGCUGUUGCUUAGCAGCCAGUCUUAGCUACACCCUUCAUAUUCUUGGUUAAAGUCCACAGAUGAGGGUGGUGAAUCAUGGAGAUAAUAUACGAGAAAUCCAAGUUCACUGCAAGUCCCUCUCAGGGACGGAUCAUGGUCAAAGCUUCGCAGAAAUCCUUCAAGUCCUUGCCAUAUGACCUGCCUGGGAACAAAAGCUCACAGUGGAUCAACAAGCAAUACCUUUGGGACUUUGAUCAAGGUGCGGCGAAUAAGUCCUCCUUUGGAACACGUCAACACAGGAAGCUCUUUCCUCUCUACCAUCCCCCAAACUUGUUUGGGAACAAGUUUCUCCCUAUUAGGGGAUCGCCCCAUAUAGGGCCUGGAUGUUACGUACCAGAAGAUAGGAAUGACUUGGCAUACAACUUAUCUAAGAUCCCGACCAGUGUAAAAGGAUAUACUUUAGGAGCCAGAACAGCCGUGAGGUUUAAGCCAACCAACAAGGAUGUGACACUUUACCCAGGCAUGUACCAGAAAGUAAGGCUUCAGGAGGAAAAACAUAAACAAAGUUUUGCUCCAUUUAAUGCUCUGGUGCCUCGAUUUAGGAGCUACUCAAAAGACACUUAUUGUCCUGGUCCUGGCACAUACAACCCAGAGAUGAAGCCACAUCCCAAAGUUGCUUGGCCAAUGAGAUUUGGGUCUCCUGACUGGGCUCAAGUUCCAUGUAUACAGAAAAGAACCUUUAAAACUGAGCUGUCUACAGACAAAGACUUCAGAAAGCAUCGGAACCGUGUGGCCUACCUAAGCCUGUUUUACAACUGAGCAGCAGUGACUACCUUCAUGUGCUCUUCUUGAAAACAGAGUCUCCAGGAUUGAAGGCGAAGCUUCUCUUCUCCUUCUGUAUUGCUGUGCUGUCUUGUCUGCCAGCAUGGGGCCCAGGGUGGGGCCGGGCUAGUAACUACUGUGUGAAAGCAUAAAGAGUAGUACAGAGUGCUAGCUCCAUCUGCUGGUUUGUGGUGUAUACAUACGGAGCUGGGUGGGAGGGUUCCUGUUGGGUAUUGAGUUGGUUUCAUUAUAAUAAAAUACUCAGGGGCCCCUGCCCUCUAGUUCUAAUUCCCAAGCACUAGUUUUUUAUAUUCUACCCCUAACCCUGGUCCUAAGAGGAUAUUGGUCUAUGCAUAUCAAGAGUUUGGAUGGGAUCUGGGUUUAUUAGAUGCAAAAGACACCUAAAGCAAAUUAAAAUAUUUAUGUGUA